GGGAUUGUCCAUUGAAUACAUGACCCAAUAGAAUUGACGAAGCCUGUGACCAAUUAAUUUAUUGAACCUGGCCAUUGCCAAGGAAAUCUGACCACAAUGACGUCGGUGCUCCAAACGUGACAGCGCCAGUGACGUAGCGCCCGUUAGCUGUCAAGCAGCGAUCACUCACCACCAACCUCUCCGUUAACAUUUCACGACCGAAUCACCAGAAAAGGCGACCUCCACAAGAAUCGAUUGAAGAUCAUCGCAAAGUCUUCGCAUCAAUCCGCUUUCAUCAACUCGCUGACUACCCGAACAUCGAGCCCGCGCCGGGAGUAAACAAACACUGGAUUUACUAAACAUCGUCGUUGGGCGGAACCCUGAACACCAAAUGGCGACUGUUUCAAUCAACGCCCCCGGAUUGAGCGGGGGCCUUCUUUAUAACAAUGGCUCGAACAAUGCGCGAGUGUGCAUUACAUCGGAGACGGGCGAAUUCGAUAUGGACACCAUCAAAAAUUGGCAGGAUGAAGGCUUCGACGUCGUGUACCUUCCGUUAGAUGGAGGAGGUAAGGAAUACGAGAGUCGGCUGAAAGCUGUCAAAGAGGGUCUGGGGGUCGGCGAGAACUAUGCGGUGAUUGCGUACGGUGAUGCGGCCAACUAUUGCUUGGAGUAUUAUCUGAAAUCGCAAAAUGCUAGCCGUCUUUGCGCACUCGUUGCAUACUAUCCCAGCGUCAUCCCCGACACGCGAUCUCAAUUUCCCCUUUCCCUCCCCGUGCUGGUGCACCUGGCUGGUGACAGUGUGGAUGUUACUACUAUCCCGGUCGCGUUAGGCCUGCAAGGGAAAAAGCGACGCAAGACACGCCCUCUCAAUCCUGGAAUUGGUACGGGCGAACGACUAGAGCUGGCAUAUCCUGCCUAUACCUACGGUAAUGCCCAACCAGGCUUUGCUGAACACGACAUGGAGGAGUAUGAUCACCUUGCCGCUGACCUGGCAUGGACACGGACGAUCCAAGUUUUGCGCAAGGGUUUCUCACGGCAGGCAGACUUGGAGAGAAGAUGGGAGGAGCACCAAGAGGGUAAAUACUUCAAGGGCAAUAUCACCAAAACUAUGGAUGCGUAUAUUUCCCACAAGAAACCCGCUGUUACGUAUGUACCGACCAUGAGUGGAGCAAUUGGGACACAAGCUCUGCGCCGUUUCUACGAAAAUCACUUUCUUGGAAAGCUUCCUCCUUCUAUGCAUCUUCGUCUUCUCUCGCGAACAAGUGGAGCCGAUCGUGUGGUCGAUGAGCUUUACGUCUCAUUUGAACAUUCCCAGGAGAUUCCCUGGAUGCUCCCAGGAGUUCCUCCCACCAACAAGCGCGUUGAGAUCAUCGUCGUCAGUAUUGUCAGUUUACGCGCAGGUCGCCUAUACUCAGAGCACACAUACUGGGACCAGGCCAGCGUCCUAGUUCAAGUCGGUCUUCUGGACCCAAAACUUGUCCCUCAAGGCGUGGAAGGAGUCGAUCGCCUCCCAAUCCUUGGCCGCGAGGCUGCUCGUCGCAUUCUUCACGAAGACCCAGAAAAUGAGCAAGUGGUCUAUCACAAUCGAAUGAUUCGACGUGCCCGGGCCCUGAGGAGUCGAAGUUCACGUGCCUCACAGGCCGGCGAGGAGUCUGCUGCGGAUUUGAAGAGCGAGGCGGAGACCCCUAUGCCCAUCAGGGAGACAAAGAAGGGUAAACAGGUGCAGGAAAACGAAAACCCACAGCCCGAGCCGGCUAAGGCCCACAAUGGUACAGCUGUUGAAUCAACGGAAUCAAACGGACAUGAAGAAGACGACGAUGGGGCAGUCACUGAGACCGAGUCGACUACUAAGGCCAAGUCGGAACCUGCCAACCACAAGGCCUUCGUCGAGGAAGGCGGCGACGAGAACGAGGAAUGAAUAGUCACAUACUCUACGAGUAUCGCGUAUUUAUUCGUCGCGUAUUCGUUCGUUCUUCUGUGCAGUUCUUACUGAACAUGGAUCGACCUCAGAUUGGAAGGACAAAGGUACAUCCGCAUUUAACUACGUCUAUAGUGAUGAGUUAUAAUUAGCAUUUUUUCGAGUGCCUUCGCACGACUCCCAUC